AAUGAAGACGUGGAUAUAACGCAAAAGAUAUAAACCCCAAGAUUUCUUCGCUCUAUAAAUGCCCCUCGCCUUUCCCUCUUCUUUCAAACCCCACACACGCUACCUUACCUUUUACUCAGCCGGUUGCUCUCCUUCUUAACAUCACACUCUGACUAAUAAAAUUUGAAACUACUCUUUCCUUCAAUGGCUACUUUCGGUGCUGCCGCUGCUGCAAUAAAUCAAAACCCUAACAAAUCCUUCGAGGUUGCCCAACCUCCAAGUGAUUCUGUUUCAAGCCUUAGUUUCAGUCCCAAGGCCAAUUUCUUGGUUGCAACUUCAUGGGAUAAUCAGGUACGUUGUUGGGAAAUUUCACGCAAUGGAGCUAAUGUGGCUAGUGUUCCCAAGGCAUCAAUUUCACAUGACCAACCAGUAUUGUGCUCAACAUGGAAGGAUGAUGGGACUACUGUAUUUUCUGGAGGAUGUGACAAGCAGGUGAAGAUGUGGCCUCUGCUGUCGGGUGGUCAGCCGGUAACUGUUGCUAUGCAUGAUGCACCAAUUAAAGAGGUUGCCUGGGUUCCAGAGAUGAAUCUACUUGUCACUGGAAGCUGGGACAAAACUUUGAAGUACUGGGAUACAAGGCAGUCAAACCCUGUGCAUACUCAACAACUACCUGAUCGCUGUUAUGCAUUAACAGUGAGGCAUCCUCUGAUGGUUGUUGGCACCGCAGAUAGAAAUCUAAUUGUCUUUAACUUGCAGAAUCCACAGACUGAAUUUAAAAGAAUUCCUUCACCCCUGAAGUAUCAGACAAGAUGUGUAGCUGCCUUUCCUGAUCAGCAAGGUUUUUUGGUUGGUUCAAUAGAGGGAAGAGUUGGUGUACAUCAUCUGGAUGAUUCACAGCAAAGUAAGAAUUUCACAUUCAAAUGCCACAGAGAUGGCAAUGAUAUAUACUCGGUCAAUUCUUUGAACUUCCAUCCUAUACAUCACACUUUUGCAACAGCUGGGUCUGAUGGUGCUUUCAAUUUCUGGGACAAGGAUAGUAAGCAGAGGCUCAAGGCCAUGUCAAGGUGUGGGCAGCCUAUACCCUGCAGUACAUUCAACAAUGAUGGCUCAAUAUUUGCCUACUCGGUGUGUUAUGAUUGGAGUAAGGGUGCAGAAAAUCACAACCCGGCAACAGCGAAGACAUAUAUCUAUCUGCACUUGCCACAGGAGAAUGAGGUUAAAGGCAAGCCUCGAGUUGGAACAAGUGGCAGAAAGUGAAGCACUGCCUGGAAUUAAACUAUUUCUCAUCUGUUUUGGUGUGGUUCUUAUCCCAUGUUCUCUGUUGUCAAUACUAGGAAUUAGGUUGUUUUAAAUGCCUUUCCGCUGAGAUGAUGUGGCUUUGGUUAGCCUAAUUGUAAUAGUUUGAAACUUUGAAUUGUUGUCAUUGCCAAGUAUGUCAAAAAGGUUUAUCUGUGUUUGAUAAUAGUUUCCGUUCAAGGUUUA